UAAGGUCUCGAGAAACAAUUGGAGUGGACUUCGAACUGUCAACAAACAUUUCUUCAAGUUUUCUACACUUAGUUAUGAUUUUGUUGAAACAUAGGCCUUCACAAGUUCUUAACAUUUGUAGAAGUUAUUCUUCAAUCAAGACAACUGAUAUUUCUAAACAUUUCAAACUUCGCGAGAUUUCCCGGUCAGUCCCGGGCAAGCCAUUAGUGAUUCUGUUCGAUUGGCUUUAUGCCAAGCCGUCUGCUGUCGAUAAAUAUUGUAAUUUGUAUCACGAUCGUGGAUUGGAUGUUCUCACUGUUAGAGGCAAAGUUUCACAAUUUCUAUGGCCGCCUAAAUCCUUUCUUCUCACCGAGGAUUUGCUGAAAUAUUUAUUAGAGACACGCCCAUUUCAAAAAUACGUCAUACACGCUUUUUCGAUUGGUGCUUAUAAUUAUGACGUUUGUAUGUAUUUAGCCAAUCAGAAUAAAGAAAAGUAUGGAGAAUUUAGUUCUAGAAUUCAGGGCCAGAUUUUGGACAGCAUCACGAUCGGAACGUACGAACAAAUGUCGAGGGGAGUUUCUUCCAUUUUGCCUUCGAACCCCAUCAUCAGAAAAUCUACUAUGAAAAUUGUGGACACAUAUUAUAAACUGACAAGCAAAAAGACAUUAAAACAAUACGAUAUUUUAGUUCAAUUCUUUAAAAAUGAUCCCAUCAGAGUGCCUACUUUAUUCUUUUAUGCCAAAAACGACCCGAUGUGCCACGUCGAGUCAAUCGAAGAGAUGAUAGAAAAAUGGCGAGAGAUGGACGAACUUGAAGUUUUCAGCAGACAUUGGGAUGAAUCUGUUCAUUGUGCACAUCUUAAAUACCACCAAGAUGAAUAUUUACAAGAAUUGGAUGAUUUUUUGAAGACAAUAAAUCUGUAAAUUUACAAAUGGUGGUGUAAUCAUAUUCAUUCAUUACAAUCACCAACCUUUCAGUUGUGGAUUUCAAAAUUGAGAUUCUCUUCCAUUUGAACAGAUGAAUAUUCAAGAAAAUUAUGACCUUAAUCGUGAGAGAAAAAUUCGUUGUAACUAUCAAAUAAAUCAAAGUUAUAUC